GGGAACACUCUGGCAGGGGAGGAGGACGGGAGUACAGGGAAGAGCUGGAGACACUGCCGGCUGGAACAGGCGCGAGCGCUGCCGUUCAGUCAGUCCUGUUCUACGAGUUACGAGUUACGCGCGCGCCGUCUUUUCGUCUAGUGUGUCUUCCACAAGCUGGGCGGUUCGUCACCAGGUCUACAAGAAGUCGGAGGAGUUGAGUUCGAAGGGUCACGCGUACGCGAGCAUGACCUGCAGCCGCUGACGCAUCGGAGUCUGCGAAAUCCUGCGAGAGCAGCAACAGUUUCUUGCCGGAAGUGCGAUAAAGUAGUCGUUGGAGCAGUGGAAGCAGUUGAAACUUGGGAUUACCUGACCAUACGGCAAAGGUGAAAGUGUCCAGGAAGAAUUCGGGAGUAGAUUAUCCGGAUGCGUUCUUGUUGAAACGACUGUGUCGCUGGUGUUUCGUAUCCGUGUCUCAUCCCUCUGCAGGAGUUCCAGCGGUGGUGCGUCGGAUAUCUAUGACCUUUUCGGGCCAGUUAUCGGUGACGUCGAGGAAAAAACGAAAGUUCCGCAAGUAUUUUGAGGUCGUGAAGUGAAAUAUUGUGAGUGUCGCUUUGGUGAAGAAAAUGCCCUGUCGGCUGCUUCAGGAGCGUCGUUUUGCGGACUUCCUACCGGUAGUAACGUCUCUGGAGGUGCCCGUAAAUCGCUAGAAAGCGGUGCCAAAAAAGUGCAACCCGCCGGGGUCAUAAAACUUGUGUGUGUGCGACAACACCCCCACGUGAAGCUUUUUGCCGGGACCUUUUGUGCAGACUGUAAGGAAGAAUUUACGGCAGUACGGUAACGCCAAUGGGAACCGAAACUGCCUGCGGCAGUUACUUUAACGAGCCGUCGGGAGAGCCCAGAAUGGCCAGUUACUACCAGAUUACCGAGCGUAGUAGUGGUAGCGGUCCAGCAAACCAACAGGAAGAAGUAAUGGCCCCGCAGAAUUGUGGUGGCGAAGCCACCGAACAGGUCGAGUCCGAGCUGGACCUGCGUCAACCGCAGCAGCAACAGCAAGAACGUCAUCACGAAGCUUCGCCGCGAAACCACUGGUCCAUAUCGCAGCAGAUCCAGAACCACCUAAGUCAAAACAACGCCGGAAGUGCGUCCUCACGCCUCGAGCGCUCCAAUUCGCUGGCCAGCAACUGGACCUUCCCGAACUACCAGCGUCUCUACAACGAGAACCACUACGGAAUCGCGAUAGCUGCGGCCCAGAAUCAACAGCAUCAGCAGCAACAACACCACAUCCAGCAUGACGGUCAACAGCAACAUCAACAACAACAACACCAGCAUCAACAUCAACAACAUCAGCACCACCAUCUGACAGCUAUGACCGGUGGUGGGAUGCCACAACCAAGUGGCGGCGGCCAUCCUCAUCUCAGCAAGCGCUUCUAUUACCCGGCAACAGUCUUUCUAUUUUCAGGUAAAUCAAGCAAUAACAACAAAGACAUCUGCGGCGACGACAAACACAAAGAGGAUGGCGACCCGUGGAACGUCGAAGCGCAGGCCGCCUUCCUGGGGCCGAACCUCUGGGACAAAACGCUACCAUACGACUCUGAUCUCAAAGUGCACCAGUACGCCGACCUCGACGAGUUCCUGUCCGAGAACGGCAUCCCGGUGGACGGCCUCCCCAGCAGUCACCUGGCCCACUCGACCAGCCUCAACGGACGCUCCGACAGCCUCGGCCACUGUGCGGGUCUCUCGCUCAGCGGGCUCAGCCAGGUCACGACGAAACGGGAACGCUCGCCAUCGCCCUCAGACUGCAUGAGUCCGGACACGAUAAACCCGCCCUCGCCGGCCGACUCGAUUUUCGAUGUUGCAGCUUUCUCGAUGUCGUCGACGACGCGGGACUUUGACCCCCGGACACGGGCCUUUUCCGACGAGGAGUUGAAGCCCCAGCCGAUGAUCAAAAAGUCCCGCAAGCAGUUUGUGCCGGACGACAUGAAGGACGACAAGUACUGGGCGCGGCGCCGGAAGAACAACAUGGCGGCCAAGCGGUCCCGGGACGCCCGCCGGAUGAAGGAAAACCAAAUCGCGCUCCGAGCUAAUUACCUGGAAAAAGAGGUAAACCUGAACCUGCACCGGGAGGUGGAACAGCUGAAGCAGGAAAACAUGGAACUCCGUGCCCGUCUGUCCAAGUAUCAAGAAGUAUAAUCUUAACUCAACGUCAUCCCUAGUUUGUUAUCAACGUCACCGUCAUCAGCAAAGAAAAACAAAGCAAAAAAAGUAAACAAACAACCACCAAAAGUCAUCGUCGUCGCCACCACCACAAAGAAGUAGGCUCAGCUUGCCUGAACGUAUGUCACCCCAACACAAUGAAAGGUGCAAAAUUUGCAGCUUUCGUCGCCAUCGCAGCAGCAGUUACCAAAUAGAAAUUGUGACAUUUGUGACAAAACGCGAAUCAAAUUUAGCGGCCGCGAACAAACACACUCACACACACACACAUCACACAUUGAGAGCAAAACGGAGAAACAAUGGUUUGUCGUUAGAGCAGCGAGUUUUGUUUUUGUUGUUUUUUCAAAACCCCGAAAUGACGUCGAUAUUUUUAACCAAUAAGUAAGCGAGAGAGAAAGAGUGGGGAGAGAGCUCGCGCGCGUGUGUGCGUGAGAUCGGAAAAUUAAGAAACAAUGGGUAGUUGUUAGUUGUUUAGCAAACAAAACUGAGCGCGCGUUUUGUUUAUUAGAGGAAACAAACAAAAAAGUUUAAAAAAGUCGUGGAAUAUCCCGGGAAUUUUGCAAUGUUUUAGUAAUGUUUGUGUUUUGGUUGUCGUCGCCAAGGUUACGCCCCGUGUGUUGUGACAGGCGGGGUAGGCGUGGAAUCAAAAAUUUGACGUUUGUUUUAAGGUACGUGUAAAACAGUUUUAGCAGCGUUUGUUUUGAUUGGUUUUCCUCAAGCAAUUACCAACACGGGCAGGUGUGCGUGAAAGAAGUGUGCUUGUAGUAGUAACGCAUCGUUAAACACUUCCAAAAUUAUCAAAAGAAAAGUAAAUAAAAAAUACCGUUAAUAAAGUAACUAGUUGAUGUAGGGCUGUGAGUUAAUUAAACAAAAGAAAAACAAAGUGCGUGCGUUAAAAGUCCUGCGACUUUUCGCCCCACCCCCCUUGAUGUGUCUUUUUGAUGCCCCGCCCCGAUCCUCCUCCCUUCCCCUUCGUUGAAAGUGGGCGUGAAACUUGAGAGCAGCUACCACCACCACCACCACCACAAGUCAAGCAAACAAAGAAGGAGAUGAACAAACAAACACUCACACACGAACACGAGACAGAAUGAGAAUGCGAGAGUGAGCGAGAGAGCAUCGUUGAAGUUGAGAAUAAAAACCUGUAAAAAUUAAUCUGUAAUGAAGCAAAAAAAAACCUGUAAUUGAAUGAAAUUAUAUUUGUAAAUAGUGUAUAAUCGUAAGAGUUUAGCGUGCGCGCGGAGGCAAAAACAAAACAAAAUUAACCGCAGAAGAGCAGAUUGAAGCAAACGUAUAUUUACACUCACACACAUACAAACACGCAUCGUGUAGUAGGCAUCGCCGCGACUAACACUCUCACACAAAAAUGCAGCCCUUUGUUAGUGGGAAAAAGAGAAAGAGAGAGCGAGAGCGAGCAAGAAAAGGAGUGUUUGGAAAUACCACAUCUUAAUUUUAGUUAAUUUAUUCUUCAACUAAUCCUGUUUUUUCAAAGAUUUUUUUAAAGCUUUCGUUCUUUGUUUGUUCUACUGAGGAAUAUUUUUUUUCGGGAUGGAAAAUCAUGCAAAAAAUAAACAAUACAAUAACGGUAGAAGCUUGGUAGCAGCUUUGCGCUAAGCAGAUCAAGCCUCAGCUUAUUUGUUUUUUGUUAGCUGGGAAGUUUUAGAGCAACAUUUAAAGUGGUGUUUUUUUUGCAAAAAAAAAUCAUAUUAUUAUUUCUACUUUAAAAUUGCUGUCUGACGUGUGUUUGAAAGAACGUUACGUUGAAGUCUGUUUGUCUGUAAUGCAAAUUUUAUUUACUUUCUUUUAAGCUGUUUUUGACAUUUAACCGAGCUACCCAUUCUGUGUGUAAACAAAAAUAAACAAACCAUGGAUGUCUCAAGGGAAUCUUUAUUUAUUUUGGCACAGACAAAAAGACGAAAUAAGUAAAUAUUUCUACACCCAAAGGAAAAAUAUAUCUCAAAAUCUGCAACAUUGGAUUUGCUGCAGAAAAUGUCAUAUUUUAUAACAUUUUUUGCAGCAAGCCCGUAGAUCAUUUUUGCCCGCGUGUAAAAAUUUCAGCGAUCUGCAUUUCUCACCAACACAUAUAAACCUGGCCCGUCCCCGAGCAACACUCCAAAGAGAAGCAUAUGUUGGUGCUUUUUCACUCACUUUUCAUCAAGCGUCCAUGGCGCGGCGGUAGCGUGUCGGAUCAAUAACCAAGAAGUUGGUGGUUCAAUCCUCGUUCUGCUAAGUGUUUUUUUUUUUGUGAAAUACAACCAAAAAGCCGUCGGUAAUGUCGAUAAUUGUCGGUAACGGGCAAAAAUGUCAUAGUCCUAUAUCGCAAAAAAUGCAUGAGGACAGAUUUCAUGCAGAUUCUGAUAUACUUUCAUGCCGCCAUGCAUCACAAUCAUGCGACUGCCAGUUGGGUGUAUCAAAAGUUCAUCAAUCACUAGAGCCAUCUAUUUGUGAACGCUUGAACCAGCACGAAGUGUAUGACUGUGUUUGUGCAACAGCCUUCAACUGAGUCAAUCCAGUCAAACGAGUGUAAAUAAACUAUUUUAAAUUUUAAUUUUUGAUUGGUUGAUUAAUUUUCAAGGAUCUCAGUCAGUUUGUUUUUUAGAUUGAUUUUCAGAGCAAACAUUGUAAAUUAUCCAAAUUGGACUGAUAAUUUGAAGAAAAACAACCAAAUUAAACAUUUUUUAAAUUUUUGUCAAACUGUCAAACAUUUCUCACUACACAGAAUAAAAAAAUAUGGGUAUAUUCAUCAGGGAAUGGUGACAGAUUUUGUGUAAAAAAAAUGUGUAAUAUUACAUCAGAAAUAGGUGAAUAUUCAUCAGAUUAAAAAAAUUAAAAUUACUCAAAAAAGAGGUAAUAUUCAACCAACCAAAAUUUCAGCCUAGCAAAAUUGAACUUUUUUUCUGUGUAGAGAGCCAUCUCGUUGUGAAAACGCGUACUGAGAACGAAGUGUAUCUGUUAGUGUGCGUGCAACCAGUUUCAAUCAACUGUCAAAUGACGUUACUAGAGCAUUGAUGAGUCAAAAUUGCCGACGUGAUAAAAGGUAGACGCUUUGUUUACACUUCGACAUUGACCCAUUGGCAUUGUAUUGCUUGAAAUUAUUAUGCAAAUAAUAUUUCAAUAUUAUAAACUAGAACAAAUGCUGAAGAAAUUUUUGAAGGUUUUAAAUUAGCUGAAAUUUUAGCAUCAAAAAAAUCCGUAUUUACUUUUCAAAUGGGCCAAACCUUGGAUGUAAACAAACACCACUUGCACUAGUGGCAGUUCAUGUUGAGUAGGAAAGGAAUAGGCUGCUUGUUUACAUCCAAGGUUUCGCCCCCAUCGAAGAUUUACCACGGAAAUCACAAAAUGAACCGAAAAUGAGCGAUGAUAAGCUUAUAUUGAAAAAGUUAAAAGAAACAAUAAUUUUGAACAUUUUUUUU